UAGAUAAUUAUUUGCUAUCUAUCGGCUUCACCAUUAGCUCAUUAGUGCAUUGUUUAAUCUAUAAUAAAACAAUUCUAUAUUAGUACAGUUUUUGCAUCUCCUUAUGGAACAAAAAAAUAUGUCGAGUGAUCCGAACAACGAAAUGGCUCUCGAGUACGCGCUUCUUGCAUCACCAGAGGCUGAUUCAAUUGUCCAGGAGGCCGCGGAAAAUAUUGGCAUGGCAUUGAAUACGGGAAGCAAGCGACCAGCAAACUCCCCAACCAACGGUGAUGACAAGCGCCAACGUGUGGCCAUUCGCAAUCAGUUAAAAUUGAUGAUCCGUCGGGAGAACGCUGACGUCGAUGAUGAAUAUUUUCACAAGCUUAGUGGCGAAAUCUUCUAUAGACAAGGAUGUUUGACUAGCGAAUUUCUUCCAACGUUCUACAAUUCGGGGCACACAAAUGGCAUCGGGUGGUUCUGUGCGUGCGACGAAAGCAGUUUAACAUGGUUGAAAUCCACCUUGGAUGACAUCAAAAGGAUUAGUGAAAUCAAAGACUUUAUUGUUAUGCCUUAUGCACCCAUUCCACAGUUACGACGCACUAUUUUUUCAAUUCCUCACUUUGAAAAAUUUGAAAAGGGAGGAAAUGAAAAAGUUAUGACUAUGAUAACUCGUUUAAAUCGAAACUUCGACACAAAAUUCUGGAAAGUGGCAACGAUGUUGCCACCUGCAAACGGGAUGCGUUCUAUUAUAAUGAAUAUUGACGAAGAAUCCGUAGUGAAGCUGGCUAAGCAAGGCAAUAAGCUUUUCUAUGGCCUUUCGCAAGUUUUUGUAAAGGUUUAUCCCAAACAUAAUGAUUAA